CACUGAUUUCGCUCACAAACUUCAUUGUAUUCAAUUACUUCCAACCUAAUACCCAUAGUUACAAAAUCAUCUCUCGUCAUGUCUUCUCUAGCUCUUAUCGUACUUCUAUGUCUUUCUGUGCAUGCAUGCGAUGCCCGGCAUCUAGGCGUUACCAAUAAGGAGACCACCAGGGAAGUUCACCUUCUCAGCAAGGGUUUGAUGCAGGGUUCAGUGAAGCCAAAAUCUUACAAGAUUAUAACUCCAUCAAGGCUCAGGUUUUCCAUCUCUGUGGAGGAAAAAUUUAUGGUUGAAAAAGAUGGAAAAAAACCUUAUGAGAGUUGGGGUGGUGCAAACACUAGGAAGCAAAAGGAUUUGGAGGCUCUUUGGAAAAAGGACACCAGGGGAGCUACUUCAACUUCAGGAAACAAGGUUUUGGCAUCAUCAUGGCCAGAGGGUUUGCAACAUGCUACCAAAAUAGAGGGAUGGAAGAGGCAAGCACGGUCGAUGCUGGCAUCUGCACCACAAAAUACUGAGGAAGCCAUAGAUUCCAAGGAAGACGAAGUUGUGGAAGAUGUAGUAGUUAUGGACUAUGCGCAACCCCAUCGAAAACCACCAAUUCACAACAAGGAACCCUAGACAGUCGAGCUUAAUUUCCCUUGAUGAACUCGUGCAUUUCCUUCUUUUUGUUUCUCUGAUUUCUGUGUUCAAAGGGCUAAAAAGAAUUCAUAAUUAGGAAAAUUGUUAUAGUUAAAGCUGGUUUUUGCAUUGUGGCAGACAAAAAAGUUCCUCUAAAAGGAGUCUUUUCUAGAUUUCAUAGAGAAUCCUUUACAAAAGAGGAACUCCUUUUUUAAGGUUUUACUGUUAAAAUAAAGUUUAAUACAAUGGAAGAGUUACAGCUA